CCGCCGGCGGAACCCAAAGCAGCAGGCACAACGCUGUGUGACCUGUUUCCGGUGUGGAAGGAUGUGGCCUCCUUGCAGAGCCGUGCGUAACUUGGCUCUAGUCUUGGCGAGGGCACAGGGAGCUCGGGCCUACAGUGUGGACGAAGGUGUCUCCUACACACAGGGCCAAAGCCCGGAGCCUAGAACCCGGGAGUAUUUCUACUACGUGGAUCACCAAGGCCAGCUUUUCCUAGAUGACUCGAAAAUGAAGAACUUUAUCACCUGCUACAAAGACCUGCAGUUCCUGGUCACUUUCUUCUCCCGUCUGAGACCCAACCACAGCGGGCGCUACGAGGCUUCCUUCCCCUUCCUCUCGCUCUGUGGCAGAGAGCGUAACUUCCUGCGCUGUGAAGACCGGCCAGUGGUCUUUACGCACCUGCUGGCCCCCGACAGCGAGGCACCCCGCCUCUCCUACUGCGGCGGCGGCGAGGCCCUGACCAUGCCCUUUGAGCCGGCUCGCUUGCUCCCCCUGGCGGCCAAUGGGCGCCUGUACCAUCCGGCACCGGAGCGCGCGGGCGGCGUUGGCCUAGUGCGCUCGGCCCUGGCCUUCGAGCUCAGCGCCUGCUUCGAGUACGGGCCUGGCUCACCCACGGUCCCCUCUCAUGUGCACUGGCAAGGUCGCCGCAUCGCCCUAACUAUGGAUCUGGCCCCGAUGCUACUCGCUGCCCCGCCGCCGCCCUGAGCCUCCUGCUGGGGCUGGGUGGGGAGGGUUUGGGCAAACACUGGGCUCUGUAGUACUCGCAGGUUACCCCUCGGCUCCAGCCUUGCAGGUUUACCUAGACGUCCCCUGUCACCUGCUGAGUGCGCGUGCGCGCAGAGAUGCGCCCAGGGUCACAGCAGGUUGGCGCUGUCCAAGGUCCUGGCGCGGCCCCUUGCUAUCCUCUUCCCCCACAGAGGUCCUCUCUCGGCCACCUCUAACCCUUUCACCGGCCUUGCAUCCCACGGAUUGGCCUGCGCUGGUCACGUCAGGCUGGGCGGCAGGCGCAAGGCGCGCGUGGGUCGAUGCGCGUGCGCGCCCACCCUACCCCCCCCCCCCCCCGUCCGCGUCGCUUCUCCAGUCUUGCCGCCGCAAGCACCGCGGGGAGUCGCUCACCACUGGAGCAGAUCAAGGCUUUGCUACUGAAGGCUGGACAGAUGCAGGACAGAUGCACAGGCCUGGAGCCAGGGACCAGCCAGUCAUUUGUGCUCCGGGAAAUUAAAACCAGAAGCCUAGCAAACGUCCCACUUCUUGGGGCUUCACCUGUCCUGAAAUAUCUAGGAACUGCCUUUGCCUGCACCGAAGCUAUUCCAUUAAAACGUUACUGCUGUCCUGCCUCAUCUCUAUUGACUUUAAAUGAUCAAUUAGUGCAUACAUU